AUGCUUCGGACACUUCAAAGGGCUUUGAGAGCCCAAGUUCGACAUGCUGCUACCGCAAGCGAAACAGCAGUCUCUACGUCGCCCAAGUUUGAAAUCACUAGUGAACUGUUCGAUGACGUUCAAAAUCGGGUGAGCCAACAUGGUCGGACAAUUGCAAAAAUUCUUAUCACUUUCCAAGACAAGGAUGGUACCAAAAAGGAGUUUCUGAUGAACAAGAAUCUCUCCACUCCUUAUGACUGCACUAAGCAUGUAAAUAUGCUGCUCGCGAAAAGAUCUGCUUUAGCGAUUAUUACGUAUCCUAAUAAAGAUCCCCAACUAGAAAGCAUGAACGAACCUUUUCGUGAUGAGUGUCAGUUUGAGUUAGCUGACUAUCAAACGGAACAGUACGCUGAGGCUGUGAAUCAGACAUAUUGGCGGUCCUGUUGCGUUGUGCUUGCCGCAGGUCUAAAGAAAGGCUUGAAAGACAAUGUAGUGAUUUCUAAGCUGCAUGCUGAAGUGCCACAAUCUUUCUUCGCUGUAGACAUCGAGAAUUUGAGGAGUCAACUUUCGCUGGAUGACCUGAAAGACUUGGCCGCAUUUGUUCGAGCUGAUUUCAUUGAUAAAGGCAUUUUAUUCGAGACGGUGACGUUACCUCAGGAAAUGGCCCCUGAUUAUGGAUUUGAUUCAGGCAUGCGUCUGUGUCGACUGGGUGAUUUCGUUACAAGAGUCGAUGGUCCCGUGAUCUCUCGAACUGACCAAAUUGGUCGGUUUGCUAUUGUAAAGGCUCUGGCGAAGGAAGGGUUCACUCGUGUGGGAGGAGUUUCACUUCCUGCCGCUAUGAAGUGCUCGUCAUUCUCAUGGGAAACGAUAAUGGAUAACGCCAGAGAUAAGAUUACGUGA